AUUUAGCUGUUGCGUUUACUUCCCAUCAGUUUGCCGUCAACACAGUGAAACCUCAAACUGAAACUUUUUAGCUAUGGAGACACACACAUCCGGGUCCGGGUUCGGGUCGGGUUUUGGGUUCGGAUUCGGGUCGGGUUUUCUUGAUGGCCCAGAAAAGCCACUUCCACCUCCACCUCCACCUCCUUCUGUUGAAGUACUUCCCUCACAGGUUUCAUCAAAUGUGGAGUUCAAUGUGGAGCCUGUAGAUUUGGAUGGCCUUACUUUACUUAAGGGAAGGGUCAGUACAAAGCAAGUAUUUGGGCUGUCAAAUUCCGAUUUGAUCCCCGGCAAAUAUGAAGGGGGGCUGAAAUUGUGGGAAGGUUCAUUAGAUUUAGUGAAGACUCUAAGCUCUGAGAUGCAAAGCGGCCAAUUAUCAUUGACUGGAAAAAGAGUUUUAGAGCUUGGUUGUGGUCAUGGUCUUCCUGGGAUCUUUGCAUGCCUUAAGGGUGCUGGUGCUGUACACUUUCAGGACUUCAAUGCUGAGGUGUUGCAAUGCCUGACAAUUCCAAAUGUCAAUGCCAAUAUUCAAAAGAACUUGUCAGCCACAGGUGACAGUAAUAGCGCGGAAGUUCGCUUCUUUGCAAGUGACUGGAAUGAAGCUCAUCUGAUUCUUCCUCAUGUUCCUGCCGAUGAUAGUGGCACAAUAAGCGGCCAAACUGUUGAUCAGGCUGCUGGUUAUGAUAUAAUUCUCAUGGCAGAGACAGUUUACUCAAUUUCUACUCUGCCUAGUCUGUACAAACUUAUUAAAAAGUGCUUACGUAGUCCUCAUGGAGUUGUAUAUCUAGCUGCAAAGAAGCAUUAUUUUGGUGUCGGUGGUGGCUCGAGGCGAUUUAUUUCAAUCGUGGAGAAGGACGGUGUUCUUGCGGCGUCUCUAGUUUCCGAGGUUACUGAUGGCUCUUCGAAUGUUCGAGAAGUCUGGAAGCUACAUUUCAGGUGAAGUGUAGUUCUAAUAGUUGAGAGUUUCUUUCAUCUCUGUAAAAUGGAGAAUCAAGAAAAAGAUGUGUAUGAAAAAGAAUUGAGGAUUGUUACUUUUAACAUAAAUGACCAAAACUGUGCCGUUUAACUAAUGUAUUUCCCUUUCCUACUAUUUUUGUUUUGCUUUACUUGA